GUUGAUUAUAUGGACUCAAAGGCCAUAUGCACAUCAACAGAAAGUGUGUUUAGGCGUUGUACUUACUUCUUUUCACCAGCUGAGGAGAACUGAUGCUGUUACUGAGCAAUGCCACAUGCACAGAGGUCAUCCACAAACCGUGUUAUGGCGCAGACCAAACUGAGCACCUGGACGCCUCUCAACCAUCCUAUGGCCAACUGCAAGGUCAGGUGUUUGAAGAGAGACAUAGUCUUCUGGCAAAGUGGUUUGACAGGUGGUCUGACAGUCAGAGGAAGCUGGUGCUGCAGGACAUUGUGCUGAGCUGCUCAGUGGAGCAGCUCAGGUUCCUGAGUCUCAGUGUGAGCAGACGGCUCCCCCUGCAGGCUGCAGAUUUCACCUGCCUACUGCCCAGAGCCCUCAGCCUCUACGUCUUCUCCUUCCUUGACCCCCGCAGCCUCUGUCGAUGUGCCCAGGUGAGCUGGCACUGGAAGACCAUUGUAGAACUGGACCGGCUGUGGAUGCCAAAGUGUCUGAGGCUUGGCUGGUGCAUAAACUUCUCCCCCACACCAUUUGAGCAGGGUGUCUGGAAGAGACAUUACAUCCAGACUGUCCAGGAGCUGCGACUCACCCAGCCACAGAUUGCCUCAUCCCAGCAUCAGUUUAUGGUUCCAGGUGUAACACAAACCAGCAGUAGACAUGAAGAGACAGCAGGACUAGCUUCCCUCACUGAGGAGCGGUUGGCGUCCACCAGCCAGCCACUUAGAAGCAGCUCCAGUACGGGACUAAGAAAAGAAAAACAGGCCUAUGCACUUCCACCAUGGAGAGAUUCUGACAGAUGUCCUAAAGACACACUUCGCUUCAACUACCUGGACAAUCUGGACCACAUGGAACAGACACCAAGCACGCAAAUGAAAGGCAGAGCUACCACACUGGAGCCAGGCAACGGCAACAAGAAAACACUGUCUGAGGCAAAUUACAAGCUACGGAAAGCCAAAUCUUUGAUGUUCCUCAGCUCCAGCUCCAAAGCCCACCAUUCUCCUCCUCCUCCUCCUCAUCAUCACACCCAAACUCAACCCCAAAGGGCAUCUUGCAGUAAUGACUACCCUGUCACUAAGGAGACCGCCGAGACCCUGCUGCGCCAGAGUCAGUGGAAUGCUGGGAUACGUCCUGGACCUGUGAGGUCAGCAGUGCCCCGGCUGAGUGCGGAUGCACUCAGGGCGUCCCUGCGUUCACAUCGGAGCACUCCCACAGGCCAGCAUUGGAGGCGGGACAUCUCAGGAAGACAGGCAGGAGCUGGAGCGGCGCCAUUACUAACAACUCAUCAGGCACAGGCUCUGGAGUGACGGCGUCACUGUCGACCCACUGGGACAGAGGAGCCACCCCCUGGAGUAAAAGAACAGGGCUACCCUUGUGCCCUCCAUGGUCAUUUUUCAUGACAGCCUUAGUGUUGCCCCCCCACCCCCACCCACACACACAAAAACUCUUGGGGGCCCCUGGUGUGUCGGUGUGAGAAAGAGAGUGUGUGUAAAUCUGUCUCUCUCUCACAAACACACACACAUACACACACACAC